CACUCAAUGAUUUAGUUCCGGUGUAAAGAAUUAUUUACAUGCUAGCUUGGCAUGCUAGCUGUGCUAACGGCACGUUUUUGUGUCCGAAACGGUUAAUUUACAUUGAGCAGAAAUUCAUCUGAACUGAAUUAAUCCGCAUGAAGUUAUUAUUGUUGUUAUUAAUCUGAAAAGCCGCAUGGAGGAACCUGUCGCUGAAAACGUGGACCGGAAGGUUCUGCAGUACGAAACGUUCAUCAACGAGGUUCUGAAGAGAGAUUUACGGAAGGUGUUGGAGCAGAGAGACCAGGUUUAUGAGAAGAUCUCUCAGUACCUGCAGCUGAAGAACACGAUCCAGAGUCUGCAGGAGGCGGAGUCCCAGCAGCUGAAGACAGAUGUCGAUCUGGGCUGCAGCUUCUAUGUUCAGGCUCAAGUAGACGACUCGUCCAGGAUCUUUGUGGCGGUCGGUUUCGGGUUCUUCGUGGAAAUGACCCACGAUGAAGCUCUGCAGUUCAUCACCAAGAAGACGAGUCAGCUGACAGUCUUCACAGAGCAACUCACUAAAGAUGCCGCCAAAAUAAAAGCCAACAUCCGCAUGGUCCUUGAGGGUUUGCGGGAGCUGCAGGGACUCACCGACCUUCCCGAGAGCCAAAGAAGAGACGUCUUCUAGACUUUUCCUGGUUCUGGGCAGCAGGUGCUGCUAGGGCUGGACCUCCGGGGGAGGAGGAAACUCUUCUUCCUGGGAGGAGCUUUGUAGACAGCGUGUGGACGUGUAGCAGGACGAAGGUCUCCUCAGAUGUUUGAAGAACAUCACAGCAGUCAUGAGUCUUUCCUGAUUAAAAUACUAAACUGAAGUUCAUGUAUUUUCAUUUUUUCAUUCAUAUUUUAUUAAUAAUGAGGUUUUUAGUUUGGAUUUGUUUUAUUUAUGUCAAACUUUAGUUUUUGUGUAUAUUUUUUAUUGGAUGUAGUUCUACUUUAGUUCUUUCUGGGAUUUAUUGUAAUAAAAUAAUAUCAUAUAUUUUAGGCUUAAAUGGGUAAAAGUUGUUGGUUGUUUAUUUGCCAACAUUUCAUUUCCUGAUGAAUAAAAUCAUUCACACAUUCUUCUUAUAAUAAAUAAUAUUUUUAAACCUAAAA